AUGGAGGUGACAAGAAAGCCUAGGAAUCUCGCCAGCAAUGGGGAUUCCGCAUGGGAUCGGGGGCUCAGAAAUGGGAGGAAAGAGCAGGCGAGGUUUCACCGACGCAAAGAAGCCGCCAGAUUCUUGUCUACCAUCUCUAUGAAAGCCGAACCCAACCAGGCUGGUGUGACGCCCUCAGCAAAUACAUCCUUGCAUCGGGUGCGAUUAAACAUCAACAGAUCCAAUGAAGACCUACAGGUAUCCCACGAUGACCAGCGCCACGGUAAUGGUACAGGCCAUGGCGUGGCUAUGGCCGACAUCAAUAGCAUCGAUAGUCGCCCGAUGAUGCAACAGGUUGUUAAUGUUUUGGCGAAGAUACUGACGACAUUAGAGAAGGCCAACUUCUUGAACCAGGUCUGUUACGUAUCAGAGUCAGGGGUGGUGUGUUGUGGCCACUGUGUCGUCUGGUGUACCUUCUCGCAAGAUGCAUUAGAGGUUAGGGAUCUGGGUAGUCGUGUGGUAUUCAUAUCACUUGAUAGACCGUGA